ACGAAUGAUUCUUGAAAGCACUCCCGUGUGGUCGAUCACGGUGUACGGAAGCGUCUCUGCGUGGCGUGUCGUGUCGUUUCACUGGUGAAUGAGACGGCGACUGAGAGCGACGAAUCAGUUCAAUGUAUUCUGAGGUGGUUCGUGUUUCGGUCUGAAUGUGAUCUGUCAGUCACAUCAAAUGGAGUUGUCAAAUGGCGUAUGUCCGAGAUACGUGUCAGUCUCAUACUUUCUCAACUCAAAGUCAGUUUUCCAGCAAGAGAUUCAUUAAAUCAGGAAUGGGUUGAAUGAAAGUCAAAGUGAUAUUAGGCUACGAGAUGUUCCACUAAGUGUUCACAUUCGGUGUAUGGAGGUUCACACGUGCUCGUCUAGACUUGCUGAAGGGAGUCGACAAGACGGGAAGCCUGCUAAAGGAUGCCAGUGAAGCUUUGAAAUGGGCUACAAGAAGAUUUGAAGCCCAGUCGAAGGCUUCGUUCGUGCUAUAUUCGUGUUUCGGAUUUCCACUGAACUCGUUCAGGACCUUUUGGAGAAUGUGCGCAGACUUCCUCCCAAUGUGGAAUAUGUUUCAUGCUGUGCUGCUGUUCCUAUUCCUGAUGUGUGACACCGUUCACCAUGCGGAGUCGAGGUCCGUUUCGAUCAUGAGGAGUCGCCCCAUCACUGAAGUGACUCCUCGAGUACUGCCCAAUGUCGAUUCUGCAGAAGCGGCCGCACAUCCAGAUGGACUGCACAGCGGCAGAGGAGUUGACGUACACAUGUACAAGCUCCGAAGACAGUGCGGACGAAGACUGACUGCACCGGUAUCUGCUUUCGUCGAGUCCUCUAAAAGCAUCAGCGUUCAGAGUCCCCUAGCCACAAGCAGCCGGUCGAGACACAAUGACGAGGGAUCGGAAUUCAACAUUUCGCCAUGUGAUCAGUCCGCUGAAAGCUAUGCAGCUGAUCAUGUUUACGGCGCACAGCAGGCGUCUGAGAACCAUCCCAUCUUUCAGGAUUCUGAUCCCCUCAAUCCGAUUCACCAGGACAGCAAUCGGCCUUCAUCACACGCUCAUGAUCACACUGACUACUUGGAUCCAGAAGUCCAUCCUCCAGGCAACUAUGAGGGAUAGAGGUUUUCUUCUUCAGUCUCCAGUACUUACAAUAUAUACGAUCCAUGACUCCACAAGCUGACGGCGAAGAAAGUUUGAAGUAAGCACUGUAAGUAGAGGCUGUGAGGUUGGAUGGUGAAGAGAAGACCAAGCAAAGUCGGAGAUUCUUCGUCUGUCUUGACUACGACUUUUCUCAUAAUUAAUUCUGUUAUUACAAUAUUUCCUGCGGUGACCAGUUGGGAAACCCAUGGUAUGACCCUAUUGCAUAAAAGGUUUCGAGCUGAAAGGACGUUGAGAUACUCCACCUCAGUAUUUGCACUUGUUGCUACUUUUGCAGCAAAGUUUUUACUUCGAAACCUGAAUCAGAUGCAAAGCUCGGGAAUAUCUCAGUGCAGUAAUACUGCACUGGGUCUCGUCGUCGGUCAGAAUCGAAUGCCAGUAGGUGAAGCGUGGUGACUAUGAUGAGUUCCACAACCUCAAGUGACCUCCGCACAACGGUGGCUUUCGCUGCUGUUGUGGAUGAAGUUUUGGACGUGUUUGUUCUUUCAUUGUUGGUUCUUGUAGUCGGUCCCAUAGCCCUCUAUGAAACUACGAAUGUUUAUGUCUUGUUCGAGUACAUCCGUCUUGCAAAUAGUCUUUAGAUUACGUUCAUUUGUCUCAAAAUACAUUCAAACUUUAGAAAACACAAAUUACAGACCGCUCUGACCUUCA